AUGUCUUUCUACAACAAUCGAUCUUUGCCUAUACAAGAAGCAUCCACAAACCUAGAUCAAGAUCUCCACUCUUCGCGUGAAGCAAAGUAUCAACGUUCUCAAGCUGAAGUCGCCAAGUGGAUUUUCAACGUUUUGCGUACACUGCCCGAAGAGCAGGGAGAAUAUCAUAAGAGGGGGUAUGAUCUAAUUGAGAUGCUCAAGGAUGGUUCUAUGUUAUGUAAAUUGGGAGAUCUUCUAGGGCUUCCAAAUAGUCCUACGAGAAAAUACAAAAGCUCAAAAAUGCCCUUUGUACAAAUGGAAAACAUCCUGUUCUUUUUGAAGACUUGCGACAUGAUUGGAAUUACUCACGAUGAAAUAUUUCAAACUGUGGAUUUGUUUGAGAGGAAAGAUCCUUAUCAAGUUGUUGUUACUUUAAUUUCUUUCUCGCGAAAGGCGAGCGAAAUAAAUCCAGAAGCGUUCAAGGAAGCUAUUGGGCCCAAAAUUGUGAAAGUUAAACCUCCAGUUCCCCAUAAGCCAAUAACUCUUAGAAAAUGA